AUGCAUCGUCGUUGUUCGAGCUCGAACUCGACAGCCAUGACUUCCGAACUAGGGACACCAUAUCUGAUGAAACACCUGCCACCGGCUCUCACCACCAUUACCGCUCUUGGUGAUGACCUCCUUUGCGAGAUCUUCCUCCGCCUCCCAUCCCUCCUGAGCCUCGUCAGAGUGGCCCUCGCCUGCCGCACCUUCCUCCAAGCUAUCUGUUCGUCCCCCGCCUUCCGCCGCUGCUUUCAAGUGCUCCACCCGCCCGAACUCCUUGGCUUCUUCAUUCAAUCUAUCUACACCAUCGUCCCUCACUUUGCCCCCCUCCGCAACUGCUCUGUCCCCGACAUGUCCGCCGCCGUUCGUGGCUCCGAUCUCUCGCUCACCCGCCUCUCGGAAGACAUCGGUUCCUCUCUCGAGUGGGAUCUAGAGAGCUUCUAUGGACCCUACCUUGUACUCAUCAAUCAGAUCACUGCUCAGAUCGUUGCCUACAACCCCCUGACGCUAACACUUGAUCUCAUCCCCUGGCCGCCCAUUGAGAUCUCCCGCUCCUCCUUCCUUGAGUUCCACAUUAUCUUCUCGGAAGAGGACCAGGGGGUGUUUCGUAUGGUCUGUGUCCAACACCAUCGCCCACAGUUACCACAUGUGGAGGCAUACAUCACUGUCUUCUCAACAACCACUAGGAAGUGGCAGGUUUUGCCGUGGGUCGAGACCCCGCCGCCGCCACAACCUGAGGAUGAUGAUGACAUUCGCCAUUUUUACCCUGGUAUGCCAAUGAAAGGAUUCAUUUAUUGGAAACAGACAACUCGAGCCUCUGUAGUCGCUUUCAACACCACGACACUACAAUUCUCUAGAGUGGAUUUGCCGCCGUUAGUGAGAGAGAGAUACUAUAUGCAAUCUAGGUUUGGUCACACCAAGGAUGGGAAGCUCUGUAUGGUUGGCGCAGAUGACUCUGGUGCAAAGAAAGGAAUGCUUAUUGUUUGGGUUUGGAGAGCAGAUGAUGACGGUGUUGAGAAAUGGACGCUUGAAGAUACUUUUCCACUGAGUAAAUUUGUUGAUGCCACCAAGUCUUCAACAGAGGAUGAUGCGAGAGUUCAGGUUGAGGUGGUUAUCGAUGGCUUUGUGUACCUGUCUAUUAAGUAUGGUGCGCAAGCAGAGUCCCUCCUAUCCCUAUGUCUGGAAACAGCAGAGCUUAACAAUCUACUUGAUGAUGCACGUGCAAGCCGUGCUCAUCCCUACCUCAUGGCGUGGCCUUCUUCUUUGGUGUGCAACAGGCAAACCCGUGCUUGA